AUGAAAAGCAUGGUUAACUGUAUUUAAUUUAUUUACUGUUGUGACUUUAAUAUUUUUUCAUAUAAAAUUAUUUGUGUUGAAAAGUUUGGAUUAAAUUAGUUCAAAAUGUUAUCAGUUAAUAAUAUUUUUCAACUCAGUAUAAAAAGGGUCAUGACUAUACCUUGUAAACUUAAACAAAUGGGUACAGCAAAAAUUAUUAAGAAUCAAACAACGCGGAAUUGGCGUCAAUUUUCAACCGAUAAUUUUGGACUUGUUGAUAACAUCAAACGAGACACUGUAGUUUAUGCUCUUACAAGUGUGGCUUCCUAUUUCAGAAGAACGGUAUUGUCUACAUUUGGUGCUUGUAUUUGUGUGUAUGGAUCAACUUUUGUUGUUUCUUUGGUAAGCCUUCCCGAGGAAAGUAAACAUCGCGGUCCAGUACCUUUCCUGUUGAAAAAUCGUUGGCUUAUUACUAUAGCUUUUGCGAUGAUGGGAAUUGUGGCAUUUUCUGUCAAUAAAUAUUUUCUUUGGAGGACAAUAACAAGAAUAGAAAUAAAAGCUGAUGGUAGAACGGUGCAUUUCAUGGCUCUCAAUAGGUUACCUUUAUCAAGAACUCAAUACUCUUUCGAAGUUCCUUUAAAUCAUGUUUCCUGUAUUCAAGCUCGUCUUAACGCUAAAGCACCAUUCGUGGUUAUCAAAAUUAAGGGUAAAAGAGGAUCUUUCUACAUCGAUAAAGAAGGACUAUUCCCUAAUCCUUCCUUAUUUGAUUAUAGUAUUGGCGUGAACCGCAAAAUUUAACCUGAUCUUGUAUUAUAUGUUUUGUAUUUAUUGCAGUUAUAUUAAUGAAAUUUAUAUUCCAUAAUAUUGAUCACUCGAAUAUUAAGAUUCAAGAAUCAAAAUCAUUGUUCGACUGGAUACAGAUAUGGAUAAUAUUCAUGGACAGUUUGACUUUUUUUAGCACAAAACAAAUGAUAAAUGAAUCGAUAUGAUAUUUAUCAACAAAAAUAUCUUUGAAGAUAAAUUUUUAAGUUAGAUUGCGAUUUGUGAAUAGAUUCAUAAUAAAAGAAAAUGCCAAAUUAAAAUUUAA